UGACCCUAUUUAUGAGGGCAGCUCAAACUCAAGCUGUGGAGCUUUACAUUCUAUUGAAGGGUGCAGUAUCAGUGUUCAUAGUAGGCAUGGGUGAUACCACUAAUUUUCUUGCCGCUGCCAUACCAGUAAUACCAAGGCUAAUAUCCCUUUAUCAGUGCUUUUAAAAUGUAUCUUUUGCAUGUGUGAAAACUAGUAAAUGAAGACAUAACUGCAUUAGUAUCAUAUAAUGUGCCACAUAGACUGACUGCUUACUCUAUAGCUCUGUUCAAAAUGGCAUACUGUGUGAUAUACACUGAUGUGCCAAAACAUUAUGACCACUCACAGAUGAAGCGAAUAGUGUUAAUUAUGUUGUAACAACAGUGCAUGUCAAGAUCUGGAAUAUAUGUAUUAUAUAUGUAGUUCUUGUGUUUGAUGCUGGAAAGUUGGGUAGGCGUGAAGACCUCAGCAACUUUGAGAAGGGCCAGAUUGUUAUGGCCAGACAACUGGGUCAGAGCAUCUCAGAAAUGGCUUGUGGAGUCCUCCUAGUCAGCAGCUGUGAGUACCAAGGGAUGUGUCACACACAGUGCAUCGUGGUAACCCAGUUAGAGUGCACAUGGUAACACCUGUCCACCAUCACAAGUGCCUACAAUGAGCAUGUGAGAAUCAGAACUGAAUCUUGGAGCAAUGGAUGCACUGUUUUCCUGGGGGAAGUGAUGGCACCAAAAUGCACUGUGAGAAGAAGUCAAGUGGGUGGAGGGAAUGUGAUGCUCUGUACAGUGUUCUGCUGGAAACCCCAGGUCCGCACAUUCAUGUGGUUGUCAAUUUGACACAUGCCACCUAUCGAAACACCGUUGUGGGUCAGGUAAAGCCUAAUGGCAUUGGCCUCUUUCAGCAGGACAGUGCGCCCUGCUACACUGCACACAUUGUUUGGGAUGAUUUGAGGAACACGACAAAGAGUUCAAGGUGUUGUCCUGGCAUCUCAAUCUGUUCAAGGAUCUGUAAAAUGUGCUAUGAACAAGUCUGAUCCGUAGUGACUCCACCUUACAACUUACAGAAGGGUUAAAGAAUAUGCUGCUAACGUCUUGGUGCCAGAUAAAACAAAGCACCUUUAGAGGCCUUGUAGAGUCCAUGCCUUAGUCGGUUGGAGCUGUUUUGGCAGCACGUGGGGGACCAACAGCAUAUUAGGUAGGUCGUAAUGCUUUGGCACAUUUGUGUACACUAUGGUAUCUAGCAUGUGACAGUUAUCAUUAUGCACAAUAUGUACCAUUUGAAGUAAUCAGAUGAAAUGCAGUAGGUUUGUAAACAAGGCUGAUAUUUCUUUUGCAGGAAGGCACCCUAUUUUGUCCUCCAUGCCUCUGCAGGUCCUCUUUUAUUUGAAUAGCUGGUAUUUUGCUGCCUUCUUCAUAGCUGAGAUUUUAAUGUUUGUUUAUAAAGGAGUGUUGCUCCCAUACCCUCAGGCAAAUCUUAUACUGGACAUUGUUCUUCUGCUUCUCUACGUUGGUCUUGAAACCCUCAGACUCUUUUAUGGCUGGAAGGGAAACCUGUGUGAGCGCUCCCUGACUCUGUCCAUUAGUGUUUGUAUUCUGGUGCCCUGCACAGUACUGAGUGUCUACUAUCUGCUACUGCAGACUUUUGUCCUGCGCCUGGAAUUCAUCCUUAAUGCAGUCGUGCUCUGCUUCUAUGGCCUGGAGCUGAUUCUAGGUCUAAUGACAAUUUCCUCUUUUUGCAGGGCCUCUGUUUACUAAGCAUGCACAUGAAGAUGGGGAACUGUUUGAUACGUUGCUUGGGUGUUAGAUUGUCAACAGUCUCAGAAACAUACAGUAAUAUAUAGAUUAUGUGAAUCUGUACGACUUACUCUACUUUCCAGCUGUAACUGAGAUCACUGUCUGACAUGUUUAGCUUUAAAUGCUUUUCAGAGUGAAGACUUAAAUGUAUAAAUGUGUUUUGCACUGCAAACUGUGUUUUGUAUUUUGGUAGCAUGAAAGUGUUUUUUUAAUAAACAAACUAUUUUUU